UGCCACCCUUUCGACGAGACGAGCUUACACUUCACAUUCAAGGUUCUCUUUCUGCAUAAAAUCCCGUAACGUAGUUAAUAAAUUGACAUUUUCACCGCCCGAAAACCGAGCAGGAUGUAUGCGCAUGCGUGGCACCAGCGACCGCCUUCUGGUGACGCCAGUCGUCUCCGAGCGGACUUCCGGUCUGGAGGCUGUCGCCCGGGUGUACCUUCUCUGGCUAAACCCCCAAGCCGCUUGUGAGUGAUGACGAGACACGGCAAGAACUGUACAGCUGGGGCUGUGUACACAUACUACGAGAAGAAGAAAGACACAGCUGUUUCUGGCUAUGGGACACAGUCCUUGCGUCUCAGCAAAGAUUCCAUCAAGGACUUUGAUUGUUGCUGUCUGUCCUUGCAACCCUGCAGGGAUCCUGUCAUAACACCUGAUGGUUACAUAUAUGAAAAAGAAGCAAUUCUUGAGUACAUCUUGCAUCAGAAAACUGAAAUUGCCAAAAAGAUAAAGGCUUACGAGAAGCAGAAGAAUGUGCAGAAGGUGGAGAUGGCGGAGUUGGCGAAAGCAGAGAAGGAAAGCAAGGUCAAAGUGUUUCUGGAGAAAGAGUCGACCAUUGUGAGCAAGCCCUUGAAUCCCUUCAGCUCCAAAGAAGACAAAGCCCAGGCCAGCUCCUCAACAAAAGCCAUUCAGCAAGAGAACGAGAAACAUUUACCCAGUUUCUGGAUCCCGUCACUCACCCCUGAGGCCAAAGCAUCGACCCUAAGCAAACCGGGCAAGACAAUCUACUGUCCCAUGAGUGGAAAGCCCCUGAAGAUGAAAGAUUUGAUCCCGGUGAAGUUCUUGCCAGUGGACGACAAGCUUGACCGUGUUCAGCUCAUCACAAAGCAGGAGCGCUACAUCUGCGCUGUAACCCGGGAUGCAUUGGGAAACUCUGUGCCCUGUGCAGUUCUGCGCACAUCAGGAGCUGUGGUCACCAUGGAGUGCGUGGAGAAACUGAUUAAACAGGACAUGGUGGAUCCAAUCAGUGGGGAAAAACUGACAGAGAAGGACAUCAUCCCAAUUCAGAGGGGCGGGACUGGAUUUGCAGGAUCCGGCAUCAAAUUGGAGGCAAAGGAGUCGAGGCCAGUGAUGCAGGCGUGACAGAGCCUGUGGUGCAUCCAGUUCUCCACAGAAAGUGGGUGGAAAGUCUCAUUUUGAUCGUCAUCACAAGCGCUCCUGGUACAGCUGAGCUGUCUCCACUUCCUUUUUAUUUGUCACUUAUUUAACACGACAUAAACUUUGUCUUCUCUCUCUUUCUUUUGGAAUAAAGGAACUAUAAACAUUG